UGUCACACUGCUGCCUCGUACAGAGGACUAUCGACAACACAACAUAACCGAGAUUACGUGAACGACCAUAUUUCUACUCCCAACUUUUUCGAGCAACGACUGUCAUACACCAAAUUAAAGCCUCUUCGACAAACCUCUACCUAUUUUAACCUGUCCGACAUCGGCCUUGCUCCAUCACCACCAUGAAGGGCCGUCCCGUUGACCAGCUCGUUUACGAGUGCAUGUUCCCUCGUCCCAAGAGCAACGACCCUCAGAACUUCCAUGCUCUGCUCCAACGCAACUUGAUUCCAGAGGUUCGUCAGGAAACGCACGCUUUCUACGGCCACCUCGACACCCAGGAAGCCAAGUACCCCGGCCUCGACUACACUCACCACACCCAUCGCAUUCGUCUCUCUCGCUGGCCAUGGCACCGACGACUUUUCCGCGCCUUCGACAGCCUCAAACUUACCGGAGCCGAAAUCGCAGGCUUGACCAAGUGGGAGGGAACAAAAUGGGCCAAGGAGAAGUACGAGAAGGAGCAGGGAUAUGUUAUUCAUGACACCACCGCCGACGAUUUCCCUGACUGGGCCGAUAUCGAACACCUGCCCCGCGCCAACCGAGAUCAGUCCGUUGAGGUGGAAGGCGUUGCUAUUGACGAUUUGUACAACGAAAUGAUGGAGGUCGAGAGCGAGGACGAGCUGGAUAGUGUGGGUGUCGAACUGAACGAGCGCCUCAGGGACGGUGUUGCGAGACGUGACGCCGGAGACACUUCAGCUGUUCUCGACGAGGAAUGGGAGCAGUGGCUAAAGAACGCCAUUGAAUCUGGUGAAAUCAACUACUUGAACGACCACAUCUUUCACGACAGCGACACUGUCCCUGCAGCUCUCUUCCCUCCAGGCUUGCUCAGCACUGCCCGAGCUGGCCAAUGGCAUGAGAUCCCCGAAUCCCUUCACCGCAUCCUCCGCCGCACACUACAGUCAGAGGACCCCAAUCGUCCCCAACAGACGCAGACGCAGACGCCGACGCAGACGCCGAUGCAGACACAGACACAACCACAGACAUCAAGCCUGCGCUCUACAUCCUCCCUGCGGCGCCACCUAAUUGACAACCGGCAGUGGCGUGCGUCAUGGACACGUCGCACCUUUUCAGAUCUCCGUCUGCCUGUUGGCGAUGCUAGUUCAGGACGCGCAGAUAAUUCUAAUGUUUGAAUAUCAAGCUAAGAAGAAAGAAAUGAAACGAAAUUAAAAGACAAAAAUCAAGCAAAAAAAAGCAACUGUUCUUUACGAAUUAUACCCUCUUGGCUU